AAGGGGCCGCCGCUGGAAAAGACGCCUCCGUUCAAGUCGGGCGCCGAGUGAGGUAGCGGGGCGGCCCGCGGUAGAAGAGACCGGGUUAAUAAGGAAGAUUAGGAUGAAAUAGCACAGCUCAGGGGCUGCGUUUCUUUUUCGCUUCCGCCUCUCCCGAAACACCUACAAGCAGCAGCUUUACGGUUGGAACGCAUAACCUACUUCAAAAGGCAAAACACAGAUACUAUUUAAAGUAUGGCAGAGAACAAUUUUCCCCCUCUCCCAAAGUUCAUUCCAUUGAAGCCAUGUUUUUACCAGGAUUUUAAUGAGAUUCCAGAUCAACAUCGUGUCCUGGCAAAACGCAUAUAUUAUCUUUGGAUGUUGAACAGCAUCACACUUGCAGUGAAUCUGAUUGGCUGCCUAGCUUGGUUGAUUGGAGGAGGAGGAGCUGUCAACUUUGGACUGGCCUUUCUCUGGCUGAUACUGUUCACACCAUGCUCCUAUGUUUGCUGGUUUAGACCAAUCUACAAGGCCUUCAAGUCAGAUAGUUCGUUCAAUUUUAUGGCAUUCUUUUUUACAUUCAUGGCCCAGCUGGUGAUCAGCAUUAUUCAAGCAGUAGGAAUUCCUGGCUGGGGAGUCUGUGGCUGGAUAGCAACCAUUUCCUUCUUUGGGACAAAUGUUGGCUCGGCGAUUGUGAUGCUGAUUCCAACUAUAAUGUUUACAGCUGUAGCCGUGCUGUCUUUCAUCGCACUGACCAAGGUGCACAAUUAUUAUCGUGGCAGUGGAGGAAGUAUGAGUAAAGCUCAAGAAGAAUGGACUACUGGGGCAUGGAAGAACCCACAUGUGCAACAGGCAGCCCAGCAAGCAGCUGUUGGUGCAGUCCAAGGGUCCAUGCAGAACCCACAGUACACAGGAUACUCGGACACUCCCAACUAUGCGUACAACAACCAGAUGUAAGCUUCCUGCAUUAAUGCACCUUGUUGGUUUACAACGCAUCCCCUGGAUUCAGGAUCAGGUGGAAAGUGCAACAUGUUUUAUUUUGUCAAUAUUGUUCAGAGAUCAGGUGUUCAGAAAGCAGCUAAUAUUUGUGAUGUACACUAGAAACAAGUCAUGGUUACUGUAGAAAAAUGUGCAAAAUAGUUUUAAAAGAUGUGAUGUUAUUGAUAUUGAAAUUGUGAUGAUAUAGGAUCCUUCCAAUUUAAAGAUUUAAAGAAAAAUCAUGCACACAAAUGUAAUAAGGGUAGUCCAAUAAAAUGAUCACCAGAUUAUUUCUGCAGACAAGUACAGUAAAAUUCCUUGCCCACAUAGCACUCCCAGUAUUGAUUACUUCUGCUGUAUUUUAGAUCAAUGUUGUGAUUACCCCAAGGCUCGUUUGUAGAAUGCAGAUUAUUAGCCAAAGUAUGGAGAUAGUGUAUUGGCGCAAAAUUUAAAAAACCUCAAAUGAUCCAUUUGUCAUCAUAACUUGGUAGCUGUAUCUAAAGUUCCACAAGGUUCUGUUCAUUCUACAUAUGCAACAAAAUGUUGCAAAGGGAUCAAAUUGUCCUUGGAUUUCAGAACUAAACGUGUGCAGGAGUGUUUACCAGCAGUUUUAUUGUCCAACUGUUUUUCAAAUUCCACUGAUCUUGCAGGAUGUGAAGGUGCAGGUGUCAGUGGAAGUGACUGUCAAACUCCUCCACACAUUUAGAGCUAGCAACUGAAAGUGAAUUUCUCCCCCAAGUGCCUAACAUAUCCUAAUUAGAUACUUAAGUUCUAAAUUUCUGGUAGAAUCAUUGUAAGUUAAGUAGAAUACAUUAAUUUCAAAUUUUGUAUCAAAUGAAUAACAAUGCAUAAAAAUCCAAUGCUGCUUUAUAUGAUCUUACAUUGUUGAGCUAACAGAUCAGACAACGCAAGAGGAGAAUAAUUUGUUGCAAUUUUUUAUGCAUUUUGCAGCAUUUUAUUGCUUAAUAUUUUAAGUUAAAUAGUGCUGCUCAUAUCUGAAAGACUUAAUUUAUAUGGCUGCCUAAUUCAUCAAUUGCAAAGUCAUUUUUUUAAACAUUAACGUUGGUCUAACUUCUCAGGAACUUGGUUGGCAACUUAAUUCGGUUUUGCCUUGCAUGUAUCUGAAGGCUGGACUAAUUUGAAACUACCAUUUUGCUUAUUGUCACUUAAUUUGUGACUGUACUGAUUAUGUUUAGCCUAUAAUCAUUUUUACUCAUGUUAACUAAAGCAUCUUCAUAUAAUCUUUGUAGAAUUUCCCCCAAAAAAACAAUUGGAAUAAGAGAUGAACAGCACAUUUAGAGUCAAUGUACUUAUAGUAAUGAAUAUUAUUUCCAUUCUUAUUUUGGAGUUUUAUACUCCUUUCAAAUGAGAAAGGCCAUAGAAAGAUAUGCUAUAUAUAGGAUAAGAUGAUGGGGUUGGGACUAAUGGUCUAGGGCAGUAAACGUCAUGCUUCUCAUGUAGAGAUUGAAUCAUAAAUAUCUAAUUGGGUAAAGGUACCUUCUAGUAAAGUUGGAUUUUACCUUAUUUAAUUUAUUAAAAAUACAAUUGCACCUACCUGUAUUGGAAACCAAUUCAUCAUUAGCAAGUUCAGGGACUGAACUAAGUACAAACAGCAAGAAAAUGUGGCAUCCAAGACACAGGCAAUGGUCAGUCAAUACAUCAUUAAAUUAAUAAGGGAGAAAAUGCAAGCGCUUAUUAACUGCUUCAGGGAAGUUGCUGCAAAGUGCAAAGGUCUCUGUUAAGCCAAUAAAUUGAAUCAGUCUGUGGUAGCAUUUGGAUAACAAAUAGAAGACUGACUUGGAAUCUAUUAUACAAAGGAUGUGCUCCCAUUUUUACAUUCCUACAGAUUUCUAAGUUAAUCUUGAUCAGUAUUGUGAAGAGAUUUUAAUCUGCAAAGCUGCCGUGGUGUUCAGAUCAAAAGCAAUCUGUACCUGGGAAGGACAUAGUGAAUUAAUUUUGUACAGUAAAUAUAAUCUGAGAUAAGAAAGUUAAUUUUUUUGAAUUAAAGUAUAGAUGUACAUAAGAAUAUUUAAACUGGUCAGUGACUAUGGUGAUUGUGGCUUCGUACAGUUGUAUAAAUUGUUGUAGGAGCAUGAAUUAUAGUUAGCUAUUCUGGUGUUCAAGAUUAAAUGCGCACUUUGAAUUUGUUAUUUCUUGUUUUUACCCAUGAACUACAGGAAAAGUGCAUUGCGAUUCAGACUUGUUUAAUAGUAUUUUGGUUGUACAUAAACUCUCACCAUGCGUUUAAGUUAAUCACUGCCUUGGUCGGCUACUUUCCUUUCCAACUCAGAAAAUUGUGGAAUUGUUUAUUUCAGAGCCAUUAGAUAAUUCUGCAUUUGUGAUAUUAGAAAAUUAUUAACUUUAUUUUUACAGGGACAAGCACUUUAGAAUUUUGUCUUUGUAAAAGUGGGAAUCAUGAUCAUAUAAUAUUUUGUGAUGGAAUACAACAGUUCUGUAGCACUUUAAAAGAUUAACAUUUCUCAGUUGUGUAGAAUCAUACAAUGGUUAAAUAAAUUACCUCUGGUUCUGGCAUAUGAACUGGGAACUCCUGCAUGUUACCAUAACAACAUAUGCAGCCACUAUAGGUUUAAUUGUAGGAUUGAUUUUUGCAUUGGGUGCAUUUCAUUAAAUGUAAAUAAUUGAAGUAAUUGGUGAUUGUAAGAUGUUCACUGUGAAAAUUAGAAUGAACCUCAAUGAUCACACUAUUCUUACUACAGCUUGAUUAUGACACUUAUUAAAAAUUACCACCUUUUAUUGUACUUCAGAAUCUAUAUACUUUAUUCCAACCUAAGCACAAAACAUUAUGCCAUGGUAAUUAAAAAAUAAAUGCACCUUUUCCUGUCAUCUUUUAACCCCAGCACCCCAUAGUUAUAUUGUGUUUCCUUUUGUAUAAUCUGAAAAUGACAGGUGCUUACAAAGUACUUCCUUGGAUAAAAUAUGCAGUCUAAAGCCAUCUAUUUAUCACUAGGACCAAUACUGUACCUUCCAGCAUCUUACUAUUCUGCAGUAAACAGGAAUUAUUGCACAACUCAAUGAACUGUAUAGAGAAGCUAUUAUUUUUCUGUAUUUUCAAUAAUUGUUUGCCCCUUGCAUUUAUAAUCUGCUGGAAACUGCAUAUGGUUUUCUGCAUUUAAAAUAAAAUAACCCAAAUUGAUGAUGGAGAGAUUUUGGUACAAGCUGCUGAUGAGAGCAAUUUCUCACCAGCUGAAGGAUACCUGCAGUGAAAGAAAUUUUCAAUCAGCACUGUUUUUAAAAGGUGGUUAAUUUCAGACACAGUGGGGUAAGAUUUCCAAUCUGUUGCUAGUUGGGGGGAAAAUCAUCAGCAUAUUAAGUUCUUUCUCCCCUUUCACAGAAACUCUUUUCAGAGUUUUGCAGAAUCCAAAAUUUUCUUUCAGUAUUUUUAUUAAUAUUAUAUAAAUUGCAUCAAUACAAAUACAAAAUUCAUAAGGAUACAAAUAAGUAAUAUGAAUUACACUACAGUUAAAUCAUAGUAAUAUGAUCACAGUAUCCCAUAUUCCAAAUCAGUCAUGUACAAAAUUUUCCUACAAACACAUCUCAAUACUACUGCACUGAAAAUUUAGUCAAAAUAUGUUUUCUCCCAUGCCAUUCAAAAAAUUGCUAUCCUUUGAACAUUAGCCGUACUUUAGGUAAAUGUCAAUUUUAUUUCUUUCUGAAUACAUGACAGUUUACAUUAGGAAUUUUAUAAAAUAUUAUAGAUCACAAUUCUAUUAAGCUUUAUAUACCAAUAGCAGCAAAAUUGUGUUUCUCGUUGUUUCUUCAUUCCAUUGCCCAGUUCUGUUUAAAUGCAUUAUGUACUUGCAUUUUCUUCCUACACUCAGUACUUGUGCUUUCCCAUGUGACCAUCCAGUAACUCAGCAAACACUUCAAUUCUUUUUAAACUAUUGGUUAAUUAAUUUAUGUAAAUUAAUACUUAAACUUUAAAAAAGACAAAGUAUUGUUUUGCAUCAGGGAUUCUAACACUCUACCAAUAAAAUUAACUGCAUUGAGAACCUUAUAGCCUCAUCUUCUAGUAGACCAGUUUGAAUAACUUAUUUGGAUCCAGUCCUAUCAUUUGGAUGAGAUAUAUACACAUUAUGUACUUUUCCUCCUACAUCCAGUACUUGUGCUUUCCCAUAUGCCCAUCCAGUUUAUUAUUUUGGUCAUGAAACCCAGUUCCUUUUCUGAAGAUGAGCAUUUCAUCACAAAUUUCAAAGCUGGAUCCCUCUCUCCUCGUUUACUGCAGACCAUAAACAUAGUGGCAUUUGCUGAUUUAUAUUUGUGUUCCAUGGAAACCUCUGCUAUAAUAGAAAUUAAAUUGGGCUGAACCCAAGAACAGUUGUGUUCGAAUAAACUAGCUAAGUGAAAGAAAAAAUGUAAGCAUUGUAUACAAUAAAACUCAUUGGGUUGCACUAUCUAGCAUUGGUAAAUAACAUUGGUCAUUCAGCUAUACUAUUUCCAUCAUUCAAAAGUACUUGCAAACUUGUUUAUUUUAAUCUUGCUUUAAUAGGACUUGUACUGAAGAUUAGGAAAGUUAUCUCUGACAACAUUGUCUAGACUGUAAAACUAGAAUUAAUGUCCAGUAUCUUGUAAAUAAUUAUUUGAACCGUGUUGAUAAAGUAUUACUAUGGGAAUCUAUAAUGUGAUUCUUUUGAGGUUAAAUAAUAUAUCACCUUAAUAACCCUGAUACUGUUGUUUUGGUUAAAACAGUCAACUACAUUCAUACUUCUAAUAGUAUUGUCUAACCCCGAAAUUACACUUUCUGACUGCAGAGUGCAAUCUGUUAACCAAUUAAAAAGGGCAAUUUUUCAAAGAAAAGGUUAAUGUGUUUAAUAACUACUGCAUUGUUGCAUACGCUACUUAGAAGGUAAUUGUCUGCAUUGUUUUCACUUUUUAUGGUAAUUCUUCAAAAUGGAGUAUCUAUACCUUUCCAGUUGAGAAAUGAUAUCGCUGUAAUUCCAGUAUGUCAAUGUGUCAGUGUCAUUGUGUAAAAAUAAAUGGUAAAACUUAG